UCUCACCAUGUCUGCUUCCAUUGCGAAAACGAAGAGCCAAAAAGGAAAGCCAACGCCCCCGACGACGCAAGAAAUUCAGCAGAACUACAACCGCCUUCAAAAUGAGCUGCAGACUCUGGCCAGUAAGAUCGGGGAGCUCGAGCAAGAGGCGGAGGAGCAUGGUUUGGUGCUGGCGACAUUAGACGAAGCCCUUACCGAGGAGCCUGAUCGCAAGUGCUUCCGGCUGGUGGGUGGCGUGCUAGUCGAGCGGACAGUCAAAGACGUCGUCCCGGCGCUGCAGACAAACAAGGAGGGGAUCCUGAAGGUGGUUGCAAACCUUGCAGAACAGUACAAGUCGAAAGAGGAGGAGCUUGAAUCGUUCAAGCGGGAUUACAACAUACGACCAGCCUCGGCGGCGUGAAGUAGUGAAAUUCGUGUGGUCGCAGAUGGGCUGGGUAUGCGGGCGGUGAGACGGGUGUACGAUAUCAGGCAGUGCACGAGAGGAUUGCGUGGUUAAUGCUCCGCAUAACUUCACCGACAUCAGAAUUGAGUGCCCUCCAUGCCUUCUGUGAAUGUAGUCCAGAUGUAUGAAAUACAGGACGUCAUCGUACGUUCUGUAAUACGACUGCUGCAAUGCAGCGCUCCGACCG